UUGUGUAUGUGUGUGUGUGCUUGUCUCUGUGGGUGUGUGCGUGUGUAUAUGUGUGCGUGUGGGUGUGUGUGCGCAUGUUGUCAGUGUCUGCGGCGCUGUAACUCCAUCCUCAGGCUGCUACCGGAAGUUAACACAACUUGUGGUUUUUCUAAACUCAACAAUUUCUUAACCUACUCGGAAAUGCGUCAGUAUGAAAGAAGGGCUUUUCAGGGGCAUCGUCAUGCUGGAACAGGUUUGGGCAUCUUAGUUCCAGUGAAGGGAAAUUGUCAUGCUACAGCACACAAAGACAAAGUAAGGUAUGGUGUUAAGACAGUCGCUGCUAUCAGAAAGUGAAACAGUGGGUAUGAGAUGUGUAAACGAUGGGUAAUCAGGAGCUGGAAGAUGUGUUUGUAGCUGUUAUACGGCCGAAGAGUGCUGUGAGCCUCAGCUCCAAGGAGUACCGCGCCAAAGCAUAUGAGAUUCUGCUGAUUGAAGUUCCACUUGAAGGAAAAGAGAAGAAGAGAAAGAAGGUUCUCCUGCGGACCAAAAUCCGUGCAGACAGUGACAAAACGAAGUCAGUCCUGGAAUAUGUGGACGAAGCAACUAAGCCCAUAUCAAAUAACCAAGGCAUAAUAGGGAAACGUGUUGUACAUAUGAAGAAGUUUCCUCUAGAUGGGGAGAAUGAAGGAAAAGAGGCCUCUCUAUUUAUUGUGCCAAUUAAUGUUAAAGACAAUAGUAAGCCUGUGUAUCACCCUGGGAGUCCCAGCUUUUACUGCCUUCAAGACAUCAUGCGUGUGUGCAGUGAAACCAGUGCCCACUUCAACUCGAUCACCUCAAAGAUGCUGCUCGGCCUUGACAAGUGGCUAGCAGAGCAGCACAGUGUGCCGCAUGCUAUCCCUGCACUUUUCAGACCCGCGCCUAUAGAGAGGGUCAAGACCAACGUGAGCAAUCCAGCCUACUCUACAGAGAGCAAGCAGAACGACACGUCGCUUCACAUGGGCUACACCGCACUGGAGAUCAAGAGCAAGAUGAUGUCACUGGAGAAGGCAGACAUGUGCAUAGAGAAUCCACUCUAUGGAUCAGACCUGCAGUACACCAACAGAGUGGAUAAGGUCAUCAUUAAUCCGUACUUUGGCUUGGGAGCUCCAGACUACUCCAAAAUCCAGAUUCCAAAGAGAGAGAAAUGGCAACAUAGCAUGACCAGUGUGACUGAGGACAAAGAUCGUCAGUGGGUGGAUGACUUCCCCCUACAUCGCAGUGCUUGCGAGGGAGACACAGAGCGUCUGUCCAAACUGCUGGACAGUGGCUUUUCUGUCAAACAGCUGGACAGUGACCACUGGGCCCCCAUCCAUUAUGCAUGCUGGCAUGGGAAGGUGGAGGCCACCAAACUUUUGUUGGAGAAAGGGAAUUGCAACCCCAACCUGCUGAAUGGACAGCUCAGCUCCCCCUUGCACUUUGCAGCUGGAGGAGGUCACUCAGAGAUUGUGGAGCUCCUGCUUCAGCACCCUGAUAUAGACAGGCACAUUGAAGACCAACAGAAACGUUCCCCGCUUCAAAUCUGUGAGGAGAAUAAACAGAACAACUGGGAGAAGACUGUAAAACUCCUCAAACAAGCCAAUAACCAGCCAUAUGAAAAGGUGCGGAUUUACCGCAUGGAUGGUUCAUACCGCUCAGUGGAGUUGAAGCAUGGCAACAACACGACGGUGCAGCAGAUCAUGGAGGGUAUGAGGCUCUCACAGGAAACACAGCAGUACUUCACCAUCUGGAUCUGCUCUGAGAACCUCAGUCUGCAGCUGAAGCCCUAUCACAAGCCCUUACAGCAUUUGCGUAUCUGGCCAGAGAUCGUCACGGAUCUGACUGCGCUGGACCCACAAAGGGAGAGCCCCCAACUAUUCCUACGCAGAGAUGUCCGCCUGCCUCUGGAUGUUGAGAAGAAGGUUGAAGAUCCACUCUCCAUCCUCAUCCUGUUUGAUGAAGCUCGCUACUUCCUCCUCAAAGGUUUCUUCUCAUCACCAGACAGCAAGCUCAUAACUCUAGCCAGCCUCCUUCUACAGAUCAUUUACGGCAACUAUGACAGCAAAAAACACAAACAGGGCUUUCUGAACGAGGAAAACCUGAAAUCCAUAGUUCCAAUAUCCAAGGUGAAAAGUAAAGCACAUCACUGGACCAACAGGAUACUUCACGAGUAUAAGAGUCUGAGCACCAGUGAGGGAGUGAGUAAAGAAAUGCAUCACCUUCAGCGCCUCUUUCUGCAGAACUGCUGGGACAUUCCCACCUAUGGAGCUGCCUUUUUCACCGGCCAGGUCUACACCAAGGCCAGCUCCAGCACCCACAAGGUCAUCCGAGUCUACGUGGGGGUCAACACCAAAGGUCUGCACCUCAUGAACAUGGAAACCAAGGUACUCCACCUCAGCAUGGAGUAUGGCACCUUCAUGUGGCAGCUCGGGCAGGCUGAUCAGUACGUCCAAAUCCACAGUCUAGAGAACAAGAAGAACUUCAUAGUGCACACUAAACAGGCAGGCCUGAUUGUAAAGCUGUUGAUGAAGCUGAGUGGACAGAUAACUCCUAACGACAGAGCAGCGUCAGACAAAUACGCGUACGGCUAACUCCCAUCAUGCACUGCAGAUUCAGAACUCAUGCCAUUAGAUUGCCUUGACUUUUAAGACUUUUAAAAUUUGCAUUUGUAUUUAUAUUACUUUUACUGUCAAAGAAGUGUUUUUUUUACUGUAAUUCUGUAGGAUUUUGUUCCAGAUAGCACCUUCUAAACUAUAUAUAUAUAUAUAUAUAUAUAUAUAUAUAUAUAUAUAUAUAUAUAUAUACUUCUGUUUGGAAUACAGUUUUUAAUUUUGUAACUUUUUUCAUUGCUGUGUGUAAAUAUUUAUAUGUAAUGAUUGCAUUUCAAUAAAUAUUACAGAGUGAUUUCAUAGUUUUUAUAAACAGCUCAUAAUAAGAAGUAAAGACCUUUUUAUUCACAAAUUGUAUUGUGUCAGUGUUGAAACAUAUAAUUUAUUAUUAAUCACUCACUCCAAAUAAGUUUUUACUUUAAAAUCCAAAGGAACAUUACAGAAUGAUCUCAGAUGUGGCUUUGCCUGCCUCAACCACUUGUUUUUACCACCAGAAGCCAGUAAGUGGCAGCACAUUCAUGUGCUACAGGACUACAGGAUCCAGUUUGCCAAAAGGUUUGUAAAGUUACGAUCAGCUUAACUGGUAGAGAGAGUGUUGAGUGUGUUGCUCACUUCAACAUUUAACAAUGAUGUUUGUGCUGCAAUGCUUUUGAGAAAUUGGGCAGAUUAGAAAGCUCUAGAAUUCCUAAUCGCUGGUGAAGGUUAUUAGACUUUUAGGAAAUUUUCAGGAUUUGGCCUGGGAAGAUUGAAAUAAAAUGUUUAACUGCGCAAAUCUAAAUUAAUUUAAAUGUCACUGGUCAUUAAAGAGAUUGGUAUCUUAAUGUUUCACUCUAAUGAGGGGUUUUUAAAUCUUAUCUUUAUUGAGGAAAAUACAGUUAAGUUCUCAAAUUGACACACACCUAGGCUAAAGACAUUCAAACUCAGUUUUUCGCAACUCCACACAAUUUAUGUUAACGUACAUUUGCUGUGUUAAGUCAUUGGGGAUCUACUGUAUUUCCGUAAGCGAUCUUUUCAGAGUAAUACCUAAGAGACCGAUUUAUUUCAGCUUUUAUUUACUAUAUCAGAUUUUCAGCAGGUCAAAAGUUUAUGUACACUUUGUAUUUGGUGGCAUUGCUUUUUAAUUGCUUGAACUUGAAUCAACCACUUGGAGAAGCCUUACGCAAGCUUCUCACAAUAGUUUGCCAGAAUUCCCACCCAUUCCUCCUGACACAACUGGUGUAACUCAGUCAGGUUUGUGGGCCUCUUUGCUCAGACCUGCUUUUUCAGUUCAGUCCACAAAUCAGGUCAGUACUUUGUGAUGGCCACUCCAGUACUUUCACUUUGUUGUCUUUAAGCCAUUGUGUUACAACUUUGGAGGUAUGCUAAAGAUCAUUGUCCUGCUGGAAGACCCAGUUGCGACUAAAUUUUAACUUUCUGGCUAAUGUCUUGAGGUUUUGCUGCUAAAGAUCUUUUCUCAUAAUUCCAUCUAUUUGAAGUUCCUUUUCUAGCAAAACACUCCCAGAACAUGAUGCUGCCACCCCCAUGCUUCACAGUUAGGAUGGUGUCCUUUGGAUUACAAGCUUCAGCCUUUUUCCUCCAUACAUAGUGCUGAUCAUUAUGGCCACAUUACAUUUGAUCUGAACAAAGUAGAUGCUCUAAUUGACUUGACAAAAGAAACGUAUGGUAACAUAAAAUAUGUGGAGUUGUGAGAAUAUAUUUAGCCUGGGUGUAUGUGAAAUUUUGGCCUCAACUGUACCUUCUAGGUGCUGAUUUUAAAAUCAUUCCUAAAUCAGUGUUAUUGUUCUUUGUCUUUUGUUUAGAGGAAGGUGUGAAGCAGUAUUUAUUUCACACUGGAUGAUUAGAUUAAAGGCAACUUUCAGCCACUGAAUGUCUUUUUCUCAACUAUCACAUUGAGUUUAAUGGUUGCUUAUUCGUCUUCUGUUAGAGUGUCAUGUUUUGCUUCACUGACUGACCUUAAGACUUAAUCUCACAUUUGCACACGCUCUAAUGAGCAUCUCUGCGCAAAUGUCACACAGUAUUCCACACCGCAUCCCUAACUACCUCCCCACCCCCCGUCCCCACCAAGUUCAUCAUCCAAUAGGCAUGCAUAAUGAGCUUGAUAUUUCGAAACCACUGAAGCUCUACACCGCAUGACAAAGCCACAACAAAAGUGCAGUGAACAGUUAAGGAGCUAGAUGCAAGCUGGAAAUAAAGUGUCUUUCAAGAAUGACUUUAACUCAUGUCCUUUGCUGAAGAAAUGUAUGGAGUGUGGGUAACUUUGGUCAGUUCUGGUGCUGUUCAGCAUGCACCUUUGUAAAAACUGUUGGCUGUAGCUUGCAUCAGGCAGGAGAGUACACUAGACUUCUGUUUCUGUUUCUACAGAGCGAACGAAAGGAUUGUGUCAAGCCUGCCAGGGAGUUGUGGAUUGAUUGCCCCUUGGGAAAUACACUCGCUUUACACACAAAAGUGCUAAUUCUGUUUCUCCACAGCAAGCUUUUGUGGUGUCCCACUGAAAAGCACGGACUCCAGCUUCUUAACCGCUGCCUCGUUUGACGUAUGGUGCUGAUGAGUUGGGUUUUUUUCAGGCCUAUAAAACCCAGCGUAAAAGGUCAGAAGAAAACUAGCUGUCGAGACACUGUACUCCGUCACAAAGAAAGACUCGACUGAGAUCUUUCUCGCAGCCCAUUUCUCACACAAAGACUGAAUGGGCGCGUAGUGGGGGUGAGUGAAAGACUGAGUGAGCAAGGCCCCCCUGCACCUUUUCACUUCUUUUGGAUGAGACAAUAGUCUUUGUCCACAAUGUCCCUCCAUUCUUCCUGUCGGGUUGGGGGUGUGUUUCUCUAUAGUAACAGUGACAAAACAAGGCACCGCUACCAAAUGUGGUAGCAGACUAGAGAAGGACUUACACACUUGCUGCUCAUCAGUGACAGUUUGUCAGUGUUUUAGUGAGUAAUCUAGAAAGAGUGCUAGGGACAAGAGGAAAAAAGACACUGGACCAAAGAUGUGUGUGUGAAAGUAGUCAGUCCCCUGAGGAAGGGCAUUAGUGGGACCAGGGCAUCAUCUCACACACUUUCAUUCACUCCCCUGGAUGCCACAAUGAACCCAGAGACUCAGUAUGAGGACUCAGUGUCCAUUAUGGUGCUGGAGAACAUUAAAAACAAACUCCGCCAUGCCUUCAGAACAACAGCCGAGCCACGAGUGUCUUCUGAAAAUGAUGAUGAUGGUCAGAUGAGCACUGGCAGGAGUUUCCAAGCUAAUGAAGAGCUACGCAGAGCCAAGAUAGACGGAGCACUUACCUGGUUACGAUCUGAACUGCUGGAGAUGCGCUCGCAGGACCGGCAGCUGGCUCAGACCCUGCUCGGGCUUAACACUGAGAUCCAGAGACUCAGGAGGGAAAGUGGUCCUCUUUCAUUAGACUCCAAUCACACAGAGCAGCACUGAGAUCAGCAUAAUGAAUGGAAAAAGAUGUCUUCAUAUCUGUUACUUUUGAUGUCUAGGCAUGAGACAUGAGAGUUGUUAAUGCCAAAAAAAUGUGCAUUUAUCUUAAAUAAGACAUCCACUUUGUGUGUUAUAAUGUUAUAGUUUUGUUGCAUGCGAAGAUUGCUUUAUUUUUAAAAAAAAAAAGAAUUUUGAAAUGAACAUAAUUUCUUUUUUUUAAUUCGGAAGGUUGGAUGCGUUCAAAAAUGUUGAACCGAGACCACAGGACUGAUUUUCACCCUAAAACUUAGCCAGUAAGUCCUUCCCUGAAUAGUCCUUCAACUUAGCAUUAUUGUCUAUAAUUCUUUGGGUUCAUUCAAUCCUUCUGUCCCCAAAAUGCUGGACCUGAGGUAAUAUGUGUGCGUACCUUUAUAAAUGUUGGUAGUUGUGGUGAAAAGUAUGCAGGACAAUAAUUGUAGAUAUAUCUCUAGAAAAUAUAUUUGAAGUUUUUAUUGCUGAAUAAAACAAAUUACCAAACCAAUAAAUAAA